UCUCCCCCGCCCCAGGGUCUCCCAGGGAGAGACGGAGUAUCUGGAAGUCCUGGAGAAAACGGGAGGAAUGGCGGCUUUGGCCGACGGGGCCCCGCAGGAGCUAAGGGCAACAAGGGCAAUCCAGGCCAGCCCGGCUUCGAGGGGGAGCAGGGGACCCGAGGCGCCCAGGGCCCAGCUGGUCCCACGGGUCCUCCAGGCUUGAUAGGAGAACAAGGCAUUCCUGGAGCUCGGGGACCCGUAGGUAACGCCGGUGCCCCUGGAGAACGUGGCAGAACCGGGCCCCUGGGAAGAAAGGGCGAGCCCGGAGGCCCGGGACCAAAGGGAGGCGCCGGGAACCGCGGCCCUCGCGGGGAGACGGGAGACGACGGGCGGGACGGAGUUGGCGGAGAAGGACGCAGAGGCAAAAAAGGGGAAAGAGGAUUCCCUGGCUACCCAGGACCAAAGGGCGGCCCCGGCGAGCCUGGGGCAGAUGGCCCGUCAGGACCCAAAGGCAUCCGGGGCCGGAGGGGAAAUUCCGGACCGCCAGGAAUAGUCGGGCAGAAGGGGGACCCCGGCUACCCAGGACCGGCUGGCCACAAGGGCAACAGAGGAGACUCCAUCGACCAAUGCGGCCUGGUGCAGAGCAUCAAAGAUAAAUGUCCGUGCUGCUAUGGGCCCCUGGAGUGCCCCGUCUACCCGACGGAGCUGGCCUUCGCGUUAGACACCUCCGAGGGUGUCACCCAGGACACCUUCAACCGGAUGAGGGACGUGCUGCUGAGCCUCGUGGGCCAGCUGACCAUCGCCGAGAGCAACUGCCCACGGGGGGCCCGCGUGGCCGUGGUCACCUACAACAACGAGGUGACCACGGAGAUCCGGUUUGCUGACUCCAAGAGGAAGUCCGUGCUCUUGGACAAGAUUAAGAACCUUCAGGUGGCCCUGACCUCCAAACAGCAGAGCCUGGAAACCGCCAUGUCAUUCGUGGCCAGGAACACAUUUAAGAGGGUGCGGAACGGGUUCCUGAUGAGGAAGGUGGCCCUGUUCUUCAGCAACAGGCCCACGCGCGCGUCCCCGGAGCUCAGAGAGGCCGUGCUGAAGCUCUACGACGCGGGGGUCACGCCCUUGUUCCUCACGAGCCAGGAGGACCGGCAGCUCAUCAACGCUCUGCAGAUCAACAACACGGCGGUGGGGCACGCCCUGGUGCUGCCCGCGAGGGGCGACCUCACAGACUUCCUCGAGAAAGUCUUCACGUGCCACGUCUGCCUGGACAUCUGCAACAUCGACCCGGCCUGCGGAUUUGGCAGCUGGAGGCCUGUCUUUAGGGACAGGAGAGCGGCAGGGAGCGAUGUGGACAUCGACAUGGCCUUCAUCUUGGACAGCUCCGAGACCACCUCCCUGUUCCAGUUCAACGAGAUGAAGAAGUACAUAGGGUACCUGGUCAGACAGCUGGACAUGAGCCCAGACCCCAAGGCCUCCCAGCACUUCGCCAGGGUGGCUGUCGUGCAGCACGCGCCCUACGGGUCCGUGGGCAAUGCCAGCGUGCCGCCCGUGCAGGUGGAGUUCUCCCUGACCGACUACAGCUCCAAGGGGAAGCUGGUGGACUUCCUCGACAGGGGGAUGACGCAGCUGCAGGGAACCAGGGCCCUGGGCAGUGCCAUCGACUACACCAUAGAGAACGUCUUCGAGAGUGCGCCGAACCCCCGGGACCUCAAAGUCGUGGUGCUGAUGCUGACGGGCCGGGUGCAGGAGCAGGAGCUGGAGGAGGCCCAGAGAGCCGUCCUGCAGGCCAAGUGCAAGGGCUACUUCUUCGUGAUUCUAGGCAUCGGCAGGCAGGUGAACGUCAAGGAGGUCUACGGCUUCUCUAGCGAGCCCAACGACGUCUUCUUCAAGCUGGUGGAUAAGUCCACUGAGCUCAACGAGGAGCCUCUGAUGCGCUUCGGGAGGCUGUUGCCCUCAUUCGUCAGCAGUGAAAAUGCUUUUUACUUGUCACCAGAUAUCAGGAAACAGUGUGAUUGGUUCCAAGGGGACCAACCAGCAAAGAAUUCUAUGAAGUUUGGUCACAAACAAGUAAACGUUCCAAAUAAUGUUACUUCAAGUCCUACAUCCAAAGCAGCGACCACAACGAAGCCAGUGACCACAGCAAAGCCGGUGACUAUCGUAAAUCUGCCAUCUGUGAAGCCAGCCCCUCCCAAGGAGCCAGCUCCUGCAAAGCCAGCCCCUCCAAAGGAGCUAGUCCCUGCAAAGCCAGCCCCUCCCAAGGAACUGGCCCUUGCAAAGCCAGUCCCUCCAAAGGAGCCAGCCCCUGCAAAACCAGCCCCUCCCAAGGAGCCAGCCCCUGCAAAACCAGCCCCUCCCAAGGAGCCGGCCCCUGCAAAACCAGCCCCUCCCAAGGAGCUGGCCCCUGCAAAACCUGUGGUUGCCAAGCCUGUGGCCACAAAGCCGGCCACGGUCAGACCUGCGGUGGCGGCAAAACCAGUGGCAGCAAAGCCUGCAGCAGCAGCGAAGCCAGCUUCUGGGAGACCCCCUGCUGCUCCUGCAAAGCCAGUGGCCACCAAGCCCGAGGCUCCCAGGCCACAGGCAGCCAAGCCAGCCACCACCAAGCCAGCCACUGCCAAGCCUGUGGCGAAGGCGUCGCGAGAAGUGCAGGUGUCCGAGAUCACCGAGGACAGCGCCAAGAUCCACUGGGACAGGCCCGAGCCCCCGAGUUCUUACUUCUAUGACCUCACAGUCACCUCCGCCCACGAUCAGUCCCUGGUGCUGAGGCAGAACCUCACGGUGACCGGCCGCGUCGUCGGGGGCCUGCUCGCGGGGCAGACGUACCACGUGGCGGUGGUCUGCUACCUGAGGUCGCAGGUCAGAGCCACCUACCACGGCAGCUUCAGUACAAGGAAAGCCCAGCCCCCACCUCCACAGCCAGCAAGGCCAGCUUCCAGUUCCACCGUCAAUUUAAUGGUGAGCACAGAACCGCUGGCUCUUACCGAAACAGACAUAUGUAAGUUGCCGAAAGAAGGAGGCACCUGCAGGGAUUUCAUACUGAAAUGGUACUAUGACCCCAAGACCAAAAGCUGUGCGAGGUUCUGGUACGGAGGCUGCGGCGGAAACGAAAACAACUUCGAAUCACAGAAAGAAUGUGAAAAAGUUUGCGCUCCUGUGCCCGCCAAGCCUGAAGUCCUGAGUGCCAUUGGAACCUAAGCGGGGCUCGCCAGCGACAUAUACCUCUGGAGGAAGAAGGAGUCAGCCGCUGCCAACUCGUCUCUGUAGAAGCCCCGGGUGUAGGUUCCCUUGCACUGUGCCGUUCCUCGCUUUGAUUGACACUCGAGCUGGGAGGAAACCGUCUGCUGCACGCCCAGUCGAUAUGGUGCUAACCGUGCCCGCGGACCGGCACUCUCGUCCCCGGCAGUCAAAUCGUAUGCCUUGAACGUUGUGUAACAGUGCCCACUGCUGGUGUUGAUGUGAACAUUCCUAUAGGCUCAACUUCCCUCUGGAGUUCCGUGUUAUGCCUGUUUUAGGCAAAUGUAAGGUCUAGAAAAUAAUCCAGAUGUCACGGCUACUCUACAUCCUUUCGCUUGGUUCGUUCUUUUCUCCUCUUCCUAGUUAAGCAUGCCUUUAGGUGGAAAGCCUGUGUAUAGUGGAGAAACAAGAGUUCCAUUUUUCAUUCCCCCCCCCAACUUCCUGGAUUCGUGUUCCAGCUAAUUUUCUUUCUCUGAAGCCUCUAACAAAUGAUGUAGUUAGAACGAAGCAAAACCCCCUGCUCUGUGUGCACCGUUGGGACCAAUGCCUUAAUUAAAGAAUUAAAAGAAAGUCAUAAUAGAGAAUAUUUUUGGCAUUCCUCUAAUGUUGUGGUUUUGGUUUUUUUUUUUUUUGUGCGGGGUGGGGGAUUAAUUUUAAUUUUAAAAAUUUUUAGGAAAUUUAUACAAAGAAACUUUUUAAUAAAGUCUAUUGAAAGU